ACCUAACCUCAUUUCAAAUUAUUAUCAAUUACUAAUUCUUUACACACAUGUGUAAGUUCUGGCGUCACAAGAGCGACUCUUCAGAACUCAAUACAGUCCGCUUAUAACACUGCAAGUAUCCACAUGAGAAGUAUUUUCGUGUCACCAUUUUAUUUGAACUGGCUAAUCUUGUUAGCGAGUUUAGGAAUAAGGAGUUGGUGCCGUAAUUAAAAAGUGAUUGUGUAAACGUGAUGCGCUUGAAGUGAAAAUCUGAGUCUAAGUGUGAGGUGAAUUAUGUCUAAAAAUAAAGAGAAAUCCAAUCAGAUAGCGGCAAAGGAUUGGCGGGAGAGAUCGGAGCCUCUGCUCUCAGUGCCUGAGGAUGAAAGAGAGCAACCACCCCAUUCACUGCCAAGACUAAGUGUGGUGUUGCCGUGCAGCACGAGCACCAGCGUGGAUCGUAUAUCUGUUGUACCAGCCACAAAACGGCUGUCACAUGGCGAUGAAUCUAUGACCGUAGUACUGUCAGCAUUUUACGCAAAAUUGUUAAUAGUUUUAGGCUUAGCAUUACCUAUUACCAGCACAAUCCAAAAUGAGCUCUACACGAAUAUCACAUCUGAUAUAUUUACAAUGUAUCUCUACGUAGUGAGUAUGCUGUUCCUUGCGUACACGUUUUAUCAUCUUCGAAUUGCAAAGAAAAGUAAAUAUGAUAAUGUAAAGCGAACACGAUACGGCAGUUUUUACUUGCAUAUGGGAGUGGCAGGGUUCAGUGUGGGCUCCAUUAUCUACUCCUGCCUGCAGUUUGGCGAAUAUUUCGAUCUCUCCGGCGACUGUCAGCUAAUUAUUGUGGCUCUCAAGCCUGCGCUUCGAAUUCUCUUUUUGGUGGCACAAACUAUUUUUAUAUUCUCUUAUACGGAUGUCCUAGAUCCUAUGCGAGGCGUAGUCCUAGACAGAUUUGGUCUAAUGCAUUUAAUAGCUACUAACGUAUGCGAGUGGCUUAACGUAGUUAUACAAGAAACCAGGGAUGAUAUAGUCGCCGUAGCAUACGACCAACCAGCUCAGUUGAGGUACACAAAUAUGAGUGGCCCAUCGAAACUAGUUAUGACUGAAGAAGUAAUAAACACAACUUCACUAGAAGACUAUAUAAAUGGAAAUUUCACAAGCAGCAGUGAAGUAAUUCAUGCAAACUUAACCGCUAAGAUAGAGGCUUGGAGUUGCAAUGUCUCGGACAUGAUAACGCCACUAAUUAGAACCAUGAAUCCUUAUUUGAGGCCUUGCGGAGUUGAAUACAGCCUGCUCUGCUCAGUCAUAAUAGUUGUUAUUUACAAUGAUAUCUGCACCGUACCUGGAUCGAAAACUGAAAAAUCCAACGUAAAGCUUAAUGAGAGGCAAUGCUGCGGAAGGAUAAAAUCGAAUAGCCACUUCUCAGUAGACUGUGGCAGUGCGCAUAAAGGUCUUUUCAUGGGCGUAGCAGUUCUCGCCGGCACUAUCGUCAGUCUUAUGUUGUUCAAUGGCCUUUUCCAAAACGAGAAACACAUUGAACUUGCUUUACUACAAAUAAAUAUAUGGGAGACAGUAAUAUUUGUACUGAUGAUAAUGGGAUCAGGAAUAUGCAUACAGCGGAUGCGCAAACUAAAUUUACGCCAGACCUCAGCCACGAUGCCUUUAGAACAUGCACUGCUAUUGGUGACCCAAUGUGGGGUAUAUCUUUAUUAUUUGUUUCAAAUAAUCGGUGCUGGCUUCCUCAUACACCAGGGUCCUGAGGGAAAGAGAGCAACAAGAAUCAUAGCACCACUAUGCGCCGUAAUACAAAGCUCAGGUCAAACCCUACUUGUGCUAGACGCGUGGUCCCGGCGCUGCGCUGGCAGCAAGGAGCGGCCAGGUCGACAACUGGUGACCUUCCUCCUCGUGAGCAACCUGGCAUUAUGGCUGCUCAACCGCGUCAAGAAUGCCCGCGCUGAAUUUCAUCCAAUGCAGAUGGAGUUUUACGGAGUGUGGGCUUGGACCUUAAUUACCCAUGUGUCUGUCCCGCUCUUGGUCUGCUACAGGUUUCAGGCAACUGUGUGCUUCUACGAAAUAUGGAAAAACUCAUACAAAAGACAAAAAGAGGGCUACACUCAAGCCGAUGAAAUUGAAUUAAAAAAUUAUCAUGUAGCAUAAUCAUUUUUCUAUU